ACGUGGCCAUCUCGUAUUGUGCUGGCAGGCACGCGAUAGGCUCCUCGCCCUUAUCCUUGUGAAAACCACCAACAUGACAUCUCGCAGCGCUCAUCUCUCCGAGCGCAGUUCGGGCCGGGGUUGUGCAGUGCCAGCACCAUUUGCGAGAACCCCCGCUAGAUGAGACGCUGGGGUGGGUCAAGUUCAUCGGGUGAGGGUCGGCGCCCUUUGUUUUUAUUUUUAUACUAUGCUCGGCUGACACCAAGGAGGCAAGAUAAACAUUCCGUUUUCAAUCGUAUCGAUUAAUGGUCGCCAUUGCGUAGGCUCUUCCUUUAUAGCCUAACUUUCAAUUGCCUUAUCCUAUUAAGUCUCUCUGUUAUUGUUUUUUUUUUUAAUGCAAAAAAAUAAACGACUUGAAGUCGACUGAUAUUUUCAAGGAGACCCUCCGUACAGUAAACAACCAAAGGAGCAAGUGAUAAACCAGAGCAGAGCGAAGAAGACCGAACAUGUUUGAAACGAAAGGAAUUCCAUUCAUUCUUCUUGACAUUGCCUGUCUUAUACUUGCUGGACUCCCAUUCGCAAUACUCACACUGCAACAUAAUCCAUUCAAACGAGGAUUUUUCUGUAACGAUGACACGAUCAAGUACCCCUAUAAAGAAGAGACCAUAUCCUAUGAGUUGUUAGGUGGGAUAAUGAUUCCCUUCACAGUGCUCGUUAUGAUCUUUGGGGAGUGCCUUUCAGUGUAUUAUAAGCGCAUCAAGUCAAAGUCGUCUUUCGGCAAUUGCUAUGUGGCGUGCGUUUAUAAGGCAGUGGGCACCUUUCUGUUCGGUGCUGCUAUGAGCCAGUCGCUGACUGACAUUGCCAAGUAUUCAAUCGGUCGACUGAGGCCACACUUCCUUGACGUGUGCAGGCCUGUCAGCGUUAACUGCACCGCUGGGGGCUACAUCGAGAACUUCACCUGCGCUGGGGACAAGAAAAUGGUCAACGAGGCCAGGCUCUCCUUCUAUUCUGGCCACUCCUCCUUCUCCAUGUACUGCAUGCUUUUCCUAGCACUUUAUAUUCAGGCGAGGCUUCAGACAGAAUGGGCCCGGCUGCUCCGGCCCACUCUGCAGUUCUUCCUGAUCGCCGCCUCCGUGUACGUGGGUCUCUCCCGGGUGUCCGAUUACAAGCACCACUGGAGCGACGUCCUGACCGGUCUGAUCCAGGGAGCCCUGAUGGCCAUACUGAUCGUGGUAUUUGUGUCCGAUUUCUUCAAGAAGUCAGUAGAGCCUGAGAAGGAGGAGGAGAUCCCCCACACCAGUUUACAGGAGACCCCCACUAAUGGAAACCAUUACGGCAGCACUCAUUAAGACAAGGAAAACUCAUGUGGACAACCUGUGAAUGUAACCCUGCUUCUUGCUACCCAGACCGUAUAUAUACAAGUCUGGACACCGAACUCAUCACGGACCUGUGAUUACAUCAAAUAUUGCCUUGGCCGGACUGCUACUGCUGCUACCAAAGCUCCCUGUGUAACCCUCACUAAGCACCCCAUAUUAUGUACAUGUGCUCACAAAAGCACUACCCCAUUUUAAUCUUGUUUUUUUUUAUUAUUCAUCCGUAUAUAUGAAAAACAAUAUGCAAAAUU